AUGCUAUUACCAUCUACUAUCUUCAGUUGUAUAAUUGGUGUGCCUUUUGUUUUAAUCUCCUUAUAUUAUCAAAGAAAAAUAACAUCCUUAAUUGAACAGAUUCAAAAUUCUUUAAAUACUGAAAAUAAUAGUAUAUAGUAACCUUAAAAUGAAUUUCAAGCAUGUAAUAACAUUAAUAAUGAAUAAGAAUGUUUUUCUGAAAAAGAUAAAUAAUCCAACGAAAACUAUGGUAAUUCUUUAUUACACAAUCUUUAGAUCAAAAAUAAUAAAAGAACAAAAAUUAGGAUUAAAAUUUUACAUUUUAGCCUAAAAAUCCAGAGUCCAAUAAUGAAUUCAAUAAUGGCUUUAAAAAGAACGAUUCUUAUUAAAAAUUUAAUAGGUAAAAUGAUGAGAUUGCUCCUAUAAGUACUGAAAAAUUGGAUAAUAAUAUAAAUGAUAUUGUUAUUUCGAUUGAGAGUUCUCCAAAUAAAAUUUUAUCUGAAGAAUAUAUUAUUUAAACAACAAAAGGAAAUGAAAAAUAAUAAAAAUCAAUAGAUACUGAUUAAUAACAAUUAAAAUAAAAUAAUAAAUAAUAAAAAUAAGAGAUCGAGAAUUGUAUAAAUUAAUUUGAGAGAAUUUAAACAAUUUUUCUUUUUUGUUCAUUUAAUAUAUUCAUAGAAGCAAUAAUAGGAAGAAUAUUUAUAAAAUAUUUGAAAUAGAAAAUUUAAUUUCCUUCAUUCAUUUAUUAAGCCUGUAUAAGUGCUGGAAUAGCAAUAAUAUUAUUUAACAUAUUUGGUCAAAUUUUAUAUAAAUUUUUUGGAGAAUCUUAAUAAAUUAGAAUAAUUUUUAGAUUUUUCUUAGUAUUUUAUGGAUUAGGCAUGACAUUUCCAUUAUAUUAUGGAUAUGAUCAAUAUUUAGAUUUAGAAUGCAUAACUAUAAGUUUAGCAAUCACAAUAUCUUUUAUAUUGCAAUAAUUUAUUUAUUAUAUUGGAUCAAAUUGGAACUCUAAACAAAUAUAAUUAAUGUUAGGAAAGAAUAAGAUUACUAAAUGA